AUGUCACAGCACACCCCACAAAAUGAUACGGCUCUGAGAAUAGUGCCGUUGGGGAAGACUGGAAAUGGGAAGAGUGCCACUGGAAACAACAUUAUUGGAAAAAAGUGGUUUGAAGCCAAGUUCAGUGCAGAGUUUGACUGUUCAAAGGGCAAUGGUACGGUGGAUGGACAACAGAUUCAUGUAAUCGACACUCCAGGCCUGUUUGACACCAGAUUUGAUGAGGAGAAAACAGAAGAAAAUAUCACCCAGUGCUUCACUUUUGCUGCUCCUGGACCCCAUGUGUUCCUGGUGGUCAUCAGGCUGGGCAGAGUCACUGACGAGGCGAAGCAGACGGUGCAAAGGAUUCAAGAAAUCUUUGGGCAGGCAGCAGAGAGAUACAGCAUGGUUCUCUUCACUCAUGGUGACCAGCUUACAGGCACUUCCAUGGAGAAGUUCUUGGCUGAAAGCCCCGACCUGCAGGAGCUCGUGGCCAGAUGUAACGGCCAGUACCAUGUCUUCAACAAUAAGAAGAAAAAUCGCUCUCAGGUCAUCAAGCUGCUCCAGAAGAUCAGAAGUAUAGUCCAGAACAACGGAGGACAUCACUACACCAACGAGAUGUUCCAAGAGGCUGAGAGGAUAAUCGAAGAAAAGCAACAAGGCAUCCUGAAGGAGAAAGAAGAGCAAAUACGCAAAGAAAGAGAAGAAAUAAAGAGAAGGAUAGAGCAUAAAUAUGAGAAAGCGAUGAAGAAGAUUAGUGAGCAGCUCCAGGCUGAGAGACAGAAAAAGAGUCCAAAAAAAUAUGACGAUUUUUGCGUCACUGGAAGCUGUUGUGGUUAGCGGGGUGAAACUACAAUGCUAGUUCCUCAUAUUUUCGACCACUGAAGCUACAGACCAAUCACAGAUCAGUGGGUGGGAACUCACUCCCAGAAGCGAAACUUAACGUCCGCCAUAUUGCUUGGAAGCUAUGAUAACAGGCUCUAUGGAGAAAGCUGAUAAUGGCGAAAAAAUAUAAAUAUAGCGGUGAGAUGGAUGCUGCCGACAGGCCGGUCUUAUGUUUUGGCUGCUGCAGCCCCUGGCCGCCGAGGUCGCUGCUGGCCGCCGCUGGCUGCCGCUAGCCGCCGGGGUCGCUGGCCGCCAGGGCUGCCGCUAGCCACCGUUGGCCGCCGCUAGCAGAGGUGUCAAAAGUAUUCACAUUCAUUACUCAGGUAGAAGUAUAGAUAUAGGGUUUAAAAAGACUUCUUUAGAAGUUGAAGUAUCAACUCAAGCUUUUUACUCAAGUAAAAAUGUAAAAGUACUCAUUUCAAAACUACUUAAAGUAUAAAAGUAAAAGUAAUGUAAGGGGGAAAAAAAUGCCAUUAAGGACAAAAGCUUAGGCUGCGCCACAGGGGCCUAUAGUGCACUACCCCACCUCCCCAAAAAUACAUUUUUCUAAAGGCCAUAAUGACUACAAUGUUAUAUUAAAAUGUUAUUGUUGAAAAAUGUGGGAUGCACCUGUUUCAGCCGCAUUUAUGCCCAUUGAAAAUGAACGCAUUUUAGUACAAUGCAAAUACAUUAAAGAACCAUAUAUGUGUACUACUGAGCAUUAACAUGUGUUUCAUGGAGCGGAAGAUAUGAUGACUAGUUGUCUAUAAGUAUUGUAAUGGUGCAAAAAGUCAAACUUCAGAGGCAUGUUAUCAAUAGCCUUUAUUGGAAUGUAAAUGUACAUCCACGCUUAGCUGCAGGAAUCUGUGAGGGCAACGGAUGUAAGAUAACAAAACUAGACAAGAAAUUGGUGAACCCAGGGCAGGCUUAGUAACAAUUACCCUUGUAUGGUUGUCUCUGCCACGGACAUCUUCGUACUAGGCUACAUAUGUCUGCUAUUUCCUUGCUGGAGUGUGACGUGAUUUGUGUCAUGUGCAGGUGCGAUGGAUCGCGUACAAACCACUAGGGUGUCGGUGUAUACUUCUCAUCCAACCACAAUCAAAUUCACUCUAUCCGGAUGGCGCGAUUUAUCUGGAUAGGUUUUUUUUUUUUUGUGUUUUUUUGAACGAUGACAAGCAGGAAUGAAAACAAGCUGAAAUGAAAUAGGAGUAACGAGGCUAUUUUUAAAAUGUGAGGAGUAGAAAUAAAAAGUCUGCUGAAAAAUAAUUACUCCAGUAAAGUACAGAUACCCAAAAUUUCUACUUAAGUAAGGUAAUGAAGUAUUUGUACUUAGUUACUUGACACCGGUCGGUGCUCUCACUGUUUGCCUAUGGACACAGACAUAGAGUCUGUUUUCUGCCAUGUGUUGAAGUAAAUAUGUCUGUAAAUGUUUUUAUUAUUAUAUUUCUACUGCUAUAUUGAAUAUUUUGGAGAAACUGUAACGAUCGAAUUUCCCUCUGGGAUUAAUAAAGUAUUUCUGAUUCUGAACUAGAGGACCUUAUUGGGAGUGGCCUGCAGUGCUGUGCAUUCUGGGAUUUGGUGUCUUUUAUCUUUUAUGAGCCAAAAAGACACUUUCUGCCUUUUCUUGGCCAAGAAGGCACCAACUUCAAAAUUUAUUUCACAUUUCUACUACAUAUAUGACCCAAUGUCAAUACAGAUUCAUGUUUCAACGGGUGAAGUAUCCCUUUAACUAAAAUCAUGGAUACUUGAUAGUUUACUUUAAUUUAUUUUGUAAAGAUCAAGAGUAUGUUGGCAUGUUUUGUUGUGAUGUUAUCUAUCAAUGAAAAACAAUUAAAAUCUAUGUUAAUUUGAAA